GGCAGCGCUCGUCGCGAAUCGAGAGACCAGCCCGGAAAAUGUUUCGCAAAUGCCUCGCCAGCCUGGCUUUGGCCCCAGCUCCCACUUCGAUUCCGAUUCCGAUUCCCAGGAUAGCCCCGAUCGCUAGCCAGCUCCUCCAGCCUCGUGCGUUUCACCAGGUUCCUCGCGAGAGCAGGCCCCCCAAAAUUCUCAUCACAGGUGGCUUGGGCCAGUUGGGAAUCGAAUGCGCCAAACUUCUGCGGACGCAGUAUGGUAGCCACAAUGUGAUUCUCUCGGACAUUAUAAAGCCCAGUCAGUCGGUUCUGGAGAAUGGUCCCUACAUUUUUGCCGACAUCCUGGACUUUAAGGGCCUCCAGAAGAUCGUUGUGGACCAUCGUAUCGACUGGCUGAUCCACUUCUCGGCUCUGCUGAGUGCAGUGGGGGAACAGAAUGUUCCACUGGCUGUGCGGGUCAACAUCGAGGGUGUUCACAACGUCAUCGAGCUGGCGAAGCAGUAUAAGCUCCGCAUCUUCGUGCCAAGCACAAUCGGAGCUUUUGGGCCCGACAGUCCGCGCAAUCCCACGCCCAAUGUUACGAUCCAACGGCCGCGCACCAUUUACGGCGUUUCCAAGGUGCACGCCGAGCUGAUUGGCGAAUAUUACUACCACAAGUUUGGACUGGACUUCAGAUGCCUGCGCUUCCCGGGAGUGAUUUCCAGUGAUCCGCCGGGCGGAGGCACCACAGACUACGCAGUGGCCGUUUUCCAUGAAGCCCUGCGACAUGGAAAGUACACCUGCUACCUGCGUCCUGACACAAGACUGCCCAUGAUGUAUAUUGAAGAUUGUUUGCGAGCUCUCCUGGAGUUCAUGCGUGCACCCAAUGAGCAGCUGAAGCGCCGCGUCUACAACGUGACCGCCAUGUCCUUCACUCCCGAGGAGCUGUUCGCCCAGCUGGGCAAGCACGUGCCCAAUCUGCACGUGACUUACAAGCCGGACAGCCGCCAGUUGAUCGCAGACGCCUGGCCGCAGGUGUUUGAUGACUCUGAUGCGCGGAGGGACUGGCACUGGCAGCACAAGUACGACCUGGUCAACCUGGUGGAUUUCAUGAUCAAGGACGUGCAGGAUAACUACAUCAAUGUGCAGCCAGAGCAGCAAACUCUGCAGAUCUAAUACGUGGGAUCAAACAACCGCAUCUAGUAUUGCUAAGUAAUGAAAUUCAAUCGCAUUUAACACUGCAUUUAUC